AUGCCGCGACGACCGCACAAAAAGUCUCGGAGUGGCUGUGUCGCCUGCAAGAGACGACACAUCAAGUGUGAUGAACAUCGCCCUCGAUGUGUCAACUGCCAGACCGCUGGGUUGGAUUGCAACUUUGCUCCGGGCACAUCCCCUUCAACAACGACUGCCACAGACGCCGAACCUGUUGUUGCCAGCGCGUCCGAGUCCUCAACUCCAGACCAGAGGCCCCCGGGUCCUGACCAGUCCAGGAUUGUCCCCGUGUUUACGCCCUCUGGAUCAUUUGAUCCGAACCUAAACAUGCAACAUAUGGAGCUCUUGCACCACUUUCUCAUCGCCACAUACAAGACAUUCAAUGCUGAAGCUUCAGUCCAGCGGAUAUGGCAAGGAACGAUGGUCCGCAUGGCCUUCUCGUUCCCUUUCCUCAUGGACGAGCUGCUGGCAAUCUCAGCUCUACAUCUCGCGCACUGCAAGCCUGACAACGCUGGAUGGUACUACACUGUGUCUAUCGAACUGCAAACGCUGGCCCUCAACAAGUUCAACAGCGUGGAAACGGACAUUAACGCCACAAACUGUGCUGCCGUUCUCAUCUUCACAAUGCUCCUUGCGGUUCACAUCCUCGCGGACCCGUCUCGCAAGGUGGGCCUAGAUUCCAACCAGUAUCUCGACAACGUUAUCAAUUGUGUCAUGCUUAUGCGCAAUGUCCCCAAACUCAUCAUCCAAGACUGGUACGAAUACCUCAACGGGACCGAACUCAAGCCAAUGUUCGGGGUUCACCGGCCUCCAAAGCCCUACCAAGUCCCCCAGCCUUGCCUCGAUUUGUCCAAGUUGAUCAUGAAUCCGGAUUUGGGGGAACAAGCCAGGGACGCAUACGCGCCAGCGAUCGAGAGACUGCAGUGGGUGUUUGCGGUAUCCAACGUGCCCGAAGAAACACACACGACCAUCCGCUGGUUACUGGCGUGGCCCGUACAGCUCAAGGCCCCAUACCUCGAAAGACUCAAUCAGCGGAGACCUGAAGCUCUAAUCAUCCUGGCAUACUUUGCAGCCUUGAUGACGUUUUACAGAGAAUGUUGGGCCGUGGGGGAUUCUGGUCAGCUUUUGAUUCAAGCCAUCUCUUCACACCUCGGUCCUCACUGGUCGGAGUGGAUGGAGUGGCCCAUGUCACUUGCUACGGCCUCGAGUGGUGGAAAGAACUAG